AUGUCGACACUUACUAACAUCGCCUCCGAGGCCGAUCUCUCGUCGCACCUAGCCACUCUUUCAGAUUCUACACUGCUUAUCCUGCACUUCUACACCCCAUGGACAGAGUUUUGCGCGAAUAUUAAUGCUCUCUUGUCUACCUUCGCCUUGCAGUAUCCGGCUACUACCCCGCCUACCCUAUCGUUUGUUAGCAUCAACGCAAAAACGCUAGUCGACGUUUCGCGGAAAUUUGGCGUCCCCACCGCUCCUCGCAUCAUUGUUCUUCGUAAUGGGCAGCAGCUCCAGUCAAUAAAAUAUUUCGACUCUACUCUGCUCCGCAAGGCUCUUGAUCGCUUUGCCGGGGUUAGCCCGGACGCUGCUACCGCUGCCCCUGAUACCCCGGCUCUUUCCGCCAAACAGUUGAAUGAAAUUCUCGUUACCCGUUUGACAGAAUUAACUCGAGCUGCCCCUGUGAUGUUAUUUAUGAAGGGCACACCGAUGGCUCCUCAGUGCCGUUUCAGUCGACGUCUGGUUAGUCUUCUGUGUGAGCAUGGUAUAGAUUAUGAACACUUCGACGUCUUGGCCAAUGAAGAAGUUCGACAGGGAUUGAAAGACUUUGGCAGUUGGCCCACCUUCCCACAGCUGUGGGUCCAGGGCAAACUGAUAGGAGGCUUGGAUAUCAUUCGGGACGAAUUCAAUUCGAAUCCCGACUUUCUGAUACAGUAUUCGAUCAAUAGCAACGUCGACAAGAGCCUUUGA